AUGUUGCACCGAUUAUUGCUGCUAUGGACAACACUUUAUGGUGUAUUGUUGCGUCCUAGCAAUGCAAUCACGAAAAGUUUUGUAAAUUCAUCGAUGCCGGAUAUGCGGCCAACAUUUGUUGUUAACUUUGACACCGGUACCGUCAUUUGUCAACAUUCACCCCAUCCGGAUGAUUUGCAUCUGCAUCAAAUCUCGAUUAUAUGUGAUGGCAAGCCAGAUUGCUACAGUAAUCCAGCAAUGCAUGAUGAAAGCUUUCCGUAUUGCGGUAGCCGAUGUAAUUCGACAUGCAAUCAACGAGGUGCAUGCUUGUUCGAUGGAACUGAGGGACAGUGCUACUGCAAUGCCGGUUAUCAUGGCCCGCAUUGUGAGCUUAAUGAUAACAAUGAAUGUGAGGAUAAACCGUGUCAUUGGUUGGCACAUUGUCGUAACACUUACGGUUCAUAUUCUUGUACAUGUUUUCCGGGAUUUCAAGGAGAUGGACACGAAUGCUCCGGUGAAAUAAAUUUUAUAAAUUCUCUUUUCUAA